UAGAGGGAUGUAGAUGAGGUUUAGGGUGGUCCAGAACGCGCGGGCACUUAUUGGCACACCUCACACACAGCCAAACCACCAACCUAUAGCCUAAACUACAACAUGCGCAUUAGUCAAGGCAAUCUGGAAUAGCCUACACGUCGGUGCGGUGGCGGCGGGUUUUGCGAAGGCUGCGGCUGCAGCAUCAUUCUCUAAUCUGUUCUGCCCUGUGUUUUGGAGUUUCAUGUUCUUCUGCCUUGCAACUUUGACUUAUUUAUCUUAUCACGAUCUCAUCCUUGUAAAACACGGACUGAUUCUGAUUAUUCUACAUGUGGGAGCAGUUCCUGUCGUUUUGCUAUUCCGACGCACGAGGGAAGAAGACGGGACAGCUGCCGUUCGAUAAUGUUUAGUCUGAAAAGAUCAGAUUUUUGUGACGACACGUUUUGAACCGUCACAUUGCUUUUCUAUUGUUUUUCACGGACACCUUUUAUUUACCCACUGUAAAUGUAUGUGGAUCUGAACAGACUGCAUCAUCUAUCUAAAUGAAUGAAUUCAGCCAUGCAAUGUUCCUGGAAGGCUGUGAUUCUGCUAGCCUUAGCGUCCAUAGCGAUCCAGUACACAGCCAUCAGGACGUUCACAGCCAAGCCAUUCCAGAUGUGUCCAGUGACAAUCUCCAACCCUCUGAACUGUGGCAUGCUGGGGCAGGAUGUGGUGGACUUGUCUUUUGACAAGCGGAUCUGUGACGACUUUCUUUACUUCUCCUCCAAUGUCUCCAGGAAGACCCAUGUUCUCAUCCUGGCCACGACCCGCAGCGGCAGCUCCUUUGUGGGUCAGCUGUUUAACCAGCACCAGGAUGUGUUUUAUCUGUUUGAGCCGCUCUACCACGUCCAGACCACCCUGCUCCCCCGCCUGUCCCACAGCAGGACGGCAGGCGACACCAGGGUGAUGCUGGGGGCUAGCAGGGACCUGCUCCGGAGCCUCUACGACUGUGACCUUUACUUCCUGGAGAGCUACAUCAAACCCCAGCCGGCCAAUCACAGUACAGACAAGCUGUUCCGGAGGGGAGCCAGCAAGGCUCUGUGCUCCCUGCCUGUCUGCGACGCCUUCAGUCCUGGAGAGUUGAACAUCGAUGAAGGAGAGUGCGUCAAGAGGUGUGGCGGUCUCAACAUGACGCUGGCGUCGGACGCUUGCCGGGAGCGGCGCCAUGUGGCCAUCAAGACGGUGAGGAUACCGGAGGUGAGUGACCUCAGGGCUCUGGUGGAGGACCCUAGGCUCAACCUCAAGGUGAUCCAGCUGGUUAGGGACCCCCGAGGGAUCCUGGCCUCCCGCAUCGAGACCUUCAGGGACACCUACCGCCUCUGGAGGAUCUGGAGGGCCACUGGGAGGAGGCCCUACAACCUGGACCUCACCCAGCUUACCAUGGUCUGUGAGGACUUCCUGGGAUCUGUAACCACUGGGCUCAGCAAGCCCCCCUGGCUCAAAGGGAGGUAUAUGCUGGUCAGGUAUGAGGACCUGGCCAAGAACCCUCUCCAGAAGACCAAGAAGAUCUAUGAUUACUUGGGUCUGGUCAUGGACAAGAACGUAGGAGACUGGAUCCAGAACAACACUAGGGGAAGCAAUGAUCUGUCAGCCAAGCAUAAAUACGGCACUGUUCGGGACUCAGCGGCCAACGCAGAAAGCUGGAGGCUCAAAUUGUCUUAUGACAUGGUUGAUUACACACAGACUGUGUGUCAGCAAGUUCUACAGGAGCUGGGUUAUAAGACUGUCAGUUCGCCCGAGGAGCUGAAAAAUCUGUCUCUCACUCUCAUCGAGGACAAAACUUUUGUACCUUUUUUGUAGAAAAGCAAGGGCCAAUCACAACGCACAACUAUUUUUGUUAUAUUUACAUUGUUGCCUUCAUUUCCUCUCAGAUUUGCACUAAACCUCAGAAACCUUGACGACUCCUGUGGUAAGAUUUAAGACAUUCAGAACAGCACAAGAAACAUCAUUUGGGAAUGCUGUUUUAGAGAUUUUAGUAUCAAUGUUUUAUCGAUACUGAAGGGACACUAAUGUCAGGUUAAUUGACAUGAACAACCUACAGUGAAGCACCAUCCUACUUAAGAUCCCUGAAUGCUGACAGUUGCAUUGACAAAAGUGAAUGUUAAUAUUUGUACAUCAAGAAAACUGGACCUACUGUACAAUAUUGUUAGGGAAUGUACCUAAUCAUACCCAUAACUGAUACAUGCUGAGGUGUAGGCCUAUGACAAAACCAUGCAAUAUACAUUUGAAUGUUGCAGUCAAUUUAAAUGGUGUUGUUUAAAUGUUACAGAGGGUAAGAAUUAAGGAGUGGCGCUUUAAUCGUGUUGAUAUAGUUUAACUGAGGGUUGUCAAAUCCACCCUCACCAAAGGGUAAUGAGUGCCGGACAACAGUGAUUUUACAGAGGCUUCAUCCCAAAUGGCACCCUAUUCCCUAUCUAGUGCACUACUUUUGAUCAGGUUCCAUUGGGAUUUGGUCAAAAGUAGUGCACUGUGUAGGGAAUAGGGUGCCAUUGCAGACGCAAACAUAGUUUACCCUGAUCAUCCAAGUGUCAGCGAGGUGUUGGAAAUGUUUAGUUCGACUUCCCGGCCAACUACUGACGAUGUGGAGCAGGCAAGCAAUCGGAGACAGCUGCAGUAGCUGAUUAGUCUUAUACAGGUAAGCUAGCUCUGGUCUUCACAACAGUAUCAGGGUAGUGGAGUUUUCAAUCUCUGGAAGGAAUAGAAUUGAAUUGAAUACAGUAGAAUACAGAAACUGACCAUUAUGCUGUCACAAUAAGUGAGGAAGGCCUUUGUUAUUAUUUAUUUAUUUAUUUUGAGUUAUUACUUUACAAACGUGUACUUAAAUAACUUACAUGAAACAGUGACAGGCUGGGAAAUGACCUUACCCAAUCCCCUUGGAAUCCUCUGAAAUAUUGAGGGGGUGAUGUUCAUAAAGUUGAGUUCUUUACUCGUCAAAGACACUGUUUUAAAAUAUAUUUUCCUUUAUUAUUUACCCCUAACCCUACCGCCCCCCCCCCGAAUUGGAGUAAACUAAUGGACAACAACACUUAGGAAUCUACUUCCUGCUUAUACAUACUAUAUACAUCUUACAGACACAGUAUAUUACAAUAGUUAUCUAUUGUUUGUUUUUUGUCCCAUCCUUCAGCUACCCUCAACCCCUCCCAUCUAUCUCUGAACACCAUCACCAGUUUUGAUUUCUAUUUGCCAUAUAUUUUUCAACUGUGCUGUUUCACAAAAGUUCUGAACCUAUAUACAUCAACUUUCAAAAGUUUGGGGUCACUUAGAAAUGCCCUUGUUUUUGAAAGAAAAGCACAUUUUUUGUCCAUUAAAAUAACAUAAAAUUGAUCAGAAAUACAGUGUAGACAUUGUUAAUGUUGUAAAUGACUAUUGUAGCUGGAAACGGCUGAUUUUUAAAGGAAUAUCUACAUAGGCGCACAGAGGCCCAUUAUCAGCAACCAUCACUCUUGUGUUCCAAUGGCACGUUGUGUUAGCUUAUCCAAGUUUAUAAUUUCAAAAGACUAAUUGAUCAUUAGAAAACCCUUUUGCAAUUAUGUUAGCACAGCUGAAAACUGUUGUUCUGAUUGAUUAAAGAAGCAAUAAAACGGUCCUUCUUAAGGAGCAUCAGCAUUUGUGCCGAGAAGGUCAGCAUCCUGAAGUCGCCUCUUCACUGUUGACGUUGAGACUGGUGUUUUGUGGGUACUAUUUAAUGAAGCUGCCAGUUGAGGACUUGUGAGGUGUCUGUUUCUCAAACUAGACGCUCUAAUGUACUUGUCCUCUUGCUCAGUUGUGCACCGGGGCCUCCCACUCCUCUUUCUAUUCAAAAACAAGGAGUGAUGGUUGGAGUGAUGGUUGUUGAUAAUGGGCCUCUGUACGCCUAUGUAGAUAUUCCAUUCAAAAUCAGCCAUUUCCAGCUACAAUAGUCAUUUACAACAUUAACAAUGUCUACACUGUAUGUCUGAUCAAUUUGAUGAUAUUUUUAUGGGCAAAAAAUGUGCUUUUCUUUCAAAAACAAGGGCAUUUAUAAGUGACCCCAUACUUUUGAACGGUAGCGUACAUUUUACGGACACAGAAUAUUUUACAUUAGUUAUCUUGUUGUUAUUAGUCCCACCCUUCAGCUCCACUCAACCCCUCCCAUCUAUCUCUCAACACCAUCCAGUUUUCAUUUCUAGCUGCCAUAUAUUUUCCCACUGUGCUGUGAUGUUUCACAAAAGUUCUGAACUUUUCUAUUCUCAUAGUUUCUACAGAUUGUAAAUUAAAGAUACAUUUUUUGGCCAAGAGUAUUAUUAUAUUAUUGAUCGAUUGACUAUGACUUUUUUAAAUCACCCAGCAGUGCUCUUUGCAGAUUUAGCUCCAGGUAAAUGUUGCAAUUCUUCAGCAAUUCCUGAACCUGCAACCAAAGCUACAUAUGGACAGUACCAAAACAAAUUAUCUAAUGAUUCUGUCUCUUCACAGCAAAAUCUGCAGAGCUGGGAUGGUUGUAUCCCCCAUAUAGAUAACAUUCUGUUGGUUGCAAUAAUUUUUUAUAAUCAUUUAAAUGAAAAGAGUUUUGAAUCCAGCCUCGUUUUGUGUAUCAGUUCAUAAACCAUGUGCCAUGGAAUUGGUACAUAGAAAAUCUCUUCCCAACUAUUUUGCAAUCUACACGGCACAGCUGUCUUUUUUCUUCUUCUUUAAAUUAAUGUGGUAUGCGUUUUUUAUUCAACACAAUUUUCUAUAACCAAUUUUGGUCUUUAAUGCAGGGCCGACAGACAAGUUCUUUACGUUCUCCCCCUUCCAUUUUUGCGGUAAUGCUACAAUUAAUUGGUUGUAAUUUUGGAUAGAGCAGACAAUCCCAUUUGUUUUUGUUAACUGCAUGUGUGACAUAACUCCACCAGUCCUAUUUAUGAUAUAAUUUACAAAGAUUAUACCAUUUUUAUUUUAUUAUCAAUUAGUAUAUUUGGGUUUACCCAUAAUAUUUGUGGUAAUAUUUGUUCUGUCUUUUCUGGUGGAUUAAAGUGAAAUUGCAACCAACUUUCUAUGGCUUGUUUUAAAAAUAGCAAUAUUUUGGAGUUGAUUUCAUUAAAAAAAUGAAAGUGA